AUGUCCACUCAAGCACACUCUAAGCCCGAGAAGUUGAAGAUUAUACACGUCGGUGCGGGAGCCUCAGGUCUUCUAACUGCUUACAAGGCUGAGCGCUUGCUGCAGAACUAUGAGCUUGUCUGCUACGAUAAAUUUGCGAAGAAGUAUGAUCUCGAGAAAUAUGUCCAGCUGAGAACUACAGUAAUCAGCGCGACUUGGGAUGCUGAUGAAGGAAAAUGGGCUGUCGCAUUAUCUCAAAAGGGCGAGCAAAGAAUGGACUACUGCGACGUAUUGAUGAAUGGAUCAGGAGUGGUUAAUAAAGCGAAAUCUCACAGUGCGACCUGGGACCCCGCAAUUAGUUGGGAAGACAAACGCGUUGCGCUCAUCGGAACCGGAUCAAGCUCUGUACAGAUGCUACCACGUCUUGCCAAGGGUCAGUUUGCUGCAAUAAACUCUCCAGGCUUCGGUUUUAUACUGAUACGGUCUUACGCUUCAGGUUCAAAAAGCCUUCACGUUUUUGCGAGAAACUCGAUAUGGAUAGUGCCUUCACUAGGCACAGAUCUCAGCAAGGCCAAUGAGGAGGGUCACAAUGCUUCCGAAGAACAAGGCACACAGCAGUAUUCCGAAAAGGACAAGGAGGAAUUUCGCAAAGACCCUGAGGCACAUCUAAAGUACCGGAAAGGUCUUGAAGCAACCCUGACACGCAACUUUCCAUUCUUUCUCAGAGACUCUCCAAUGAGUCAGUGGGCCACUGCUGCCAUACGACAGGAUAUGCUCAAGAAGCUUGAAGGUGCCGAUGAGGAGCUGAAACAAAAGCUCAUUCCAUCCUGGCCCCCGGGAUGUCGGCGAAUCACGCCUGGCAACGACUAUCUCGAAAGUUUGGUCCAAGAUCAUGUAAAGGUCAUCUUCGAAGGCGUUUCAAGAUUCACUGUCAAUGGCCUUGUCACAAGCGAAGGAAAGGAGUUCGAUUUCGACCUCAUUGCCUGUGCUACAGGGUUUGACAUCUCAUAUACUCCGCAUUUCCAAAUCACCGGUACCAAUGGAGUUACGAUGAAGGACGAAUGGUCAGAGAACCCCAAUAUCUAUCUCGGUAUCACUGGGCCCAAGUUCCCCAACUAUUUUGUCAUCAAUGGCCCAACGGCCAACUGGGGCCAGGGAUGCGUGCUUCCUUCGCAUGAGGUUCAGAUUGAGUAUGCUAUGCAGUGCUGCAUCAAGAUCCAGAACGAGGGCAUCAAAGCCAUGGAGGUGAAGCAACUACCCACUACACAGUGGAAUGAGCACCUCGACAAUUGGCACACCAAGUACUCUGUCUGGGCUGGUAACUGCCGUUCUUGGUAUAAAGCGAACAAGUCAAGCGGACGAGUGUAUAUAUGGCCUGGUAGCAUGCUUCAUCUGCUCAAGACUAUGAAGACGCCUAGGUUCGAGGAUUUCAACAUUACAUACAGAAACGACAAUAUGUGGGCUUUCCUGGGUAAUGGUCGCACUCAGAUUGAAGAACUGGCCGAAGACGGGGUUGAUGUUGAUCUUGCUCCGUUCAUCCGAGACCAGGACAUUCCCUGGACGAUUGAUGAUCCUUAUACUCUAGGAGCAGUUGCAAGCCGUGAGCAUAAGCUUUAA